AUGUCGAAAUAUUCGAGUGCAAACGUGCAACUGGUAGAGGAUGUGGAGUCCUCGAUCCAAGCCUCGGAUCUUGUCCGAUUAGCUGAGCUGCUGACUGACCAUAACCUGAUCCAACUGGCUCAGGCAUGGCAGUCCUUCUCCACCGCAAACCAACAUAGGAAGCUACGUGACUGCACUCUCGCGCUGACAAAAAUUAUCGAGAUACCAGAGCUUGCCAGUCAGGCGAAAGUUCUUCUUACUGAAAUAUUGACGAAUCACAACCGCGCACUGCACAGGUGUUUGGACUCGCAUAGGCCUCAGGUUGCAAAUCCGGCACUGGAUUUACUGGCAGCAGCUGCUCGCUUCAAAAACGGUGCUCUAUGCGAUCUGGUCGUUGGGAUUGACCUGAAAAAUGUGGCAUUGGCCCCCUCCAAGACAGAACUCUCGGAUCCCCAAUAUCUGCAGGAUUUUGCCUCCACUACGAGAGCCCAUUUUGGUGCUCUCUUCAUAGACAUACUGAGGUUCUCCCGGCCAACUCAGAGACAGGACUUCAUACUGGCUCAAAAUAAAGCUAUCGGUAUCUGGUUCAAGUAUAUCGAUACUCAUACCACUUCGGAGUUAAUUCGCCAGACGCUUGAAGUGUAUGGUGCAAAGGUGCUGGGAGAACAUGCCUACCGAAAGACGGCCAAGGCCAAGCUGAUACCUGCUUCCGUACUGAAAAAACUAGUUGAUUUGUUUGCACUCAAGGACGUUCGAGAUGAUGUUCUUGGUUUCAUGAUUACCCUCACAACUGACAAAAGCCUAGGUCUGGUGUAUGAAGAACCUCUAUCGCAACAGCCUCUCACGAUUGGCUCGCAAGAUUUCUUCGUCAACAAUAAGCACAUCUUCACGCUUCUAACCGAUCUGAAGCCUUGGGUUGACGAAUAUCAAUCGAGGCUGGUGCUCAAAAUAUUGCAUACCCUUCCAGAGCUGAUUCCUGUUUACAACUUCCGGAUGACGCAGGUGAUAGGGCCGCAUGAACCCAAGCUUAGUUCGUUCUGGGUGGGCUAUUCGCUUUUUUUACUUGGCCUUAUAAGUUCCGAUUGUCAUGUUCCUGUUUUCUCUUCAUUGGACAGCUUGAGUUCUGCUGAAUCAACGUUGGAGCUGGUUCUGCCCUCUCAACUAUCUAAGACUGUCGUUGCUAAGAGUCUGGUCCAUGAGUCCAAGUUAAUUCGCCAGAUCGUUGCAAAUUUGUUUCUGGCCUCUUUCAACAGGUUCACUCAAAUUAUAUCGAAUUUGGGGUCGUCAAGGGCUGAUCUUGCAGUUUCCAAGACCCUCACAGACUUGUUCUUUGCCAAGCUACCAAACGUUUCAGUGGUUGUGGGCGCCUUGAACGAUGCUCCUAACGAUAGUAUUCUGUUCCUUGCCUUAUCCAAGGUCUUGCAAAACUAUCUGGAAACUUUUCCUGUGUCUGUCACGGCCAAUUAUCUUGAUUCUCUCAUCUCCAAGGAGAGCUCUAACGGAUUGGACAUCGCAAUUCUCAACACCCAUUUGCAGAUUCAAAAAAUGUCUGCUGGUUCUAUAAAGUGGUGGAAUAGACAGGGUGGAGCCUCUUCUCUCUUUACUACUCUUUGCAAGCUUCCUGUGACUCUGGGUGAGUCGCUUUUGCCAAAGGUAGCGAAUGUGCUUGACGAAAUGUGCAGAUCAACGUCUAUCUUCACGGACCGCAAAACAGAUGAACAUAUUUGGGGAAACCAAGCGUAUGCUUUGUGUCAUUCCCUGUAUGUAUUUGCAGUUCAUUUCAAGUCUGAGCCAGACGCAGAGACCCUGCUGCAGAAUGUAUACUCCCUCCUCGAUGAGACCGUCUCCAGAUGUGCUAGGGCUCCUUAUGGAUACAUCGAUAAGGCGGCAAAAAUUGCUCCCACUGCUCAUUUGAGUGCUUUCGUGGUUGCAUUAUGCGAGCAGCUCAAGUUUGUAAGCGAUCCAAGAGCGAGCUUGUGGCUAGUACUGUUUUUGAGAGAACUAGCUCUGGCCAAUGAGCCAGUCCAGGAAGCAGAACUGGAAAUUAGUGUUCCCGAGGCCUAUAAACCCCUUUUGGAUUUCCAGGACUUUGAGAAGAAUUCAGAAGCAUAUAGAGCUCUUUUUGCGCAUGAAAGUGUCUGGGACUUGUUGAUUUCUGCUCCUUUGAAGACUCUUUCUGAUGCUCUUCCAAACAUCAUCACCAGUAUCGAGGCUGCUGGAAUUUUGUCUCGGAUUAAAUUUUCCUUGAAAGGCUCGCCUACAAAAGUUGAACUUGAUUGCAUUGAGUCGCUUUUUACUCGACUUGAGAAUUUUGCGAGUUCAAAUCCCGACGAUUUUAGGGCUGAUGCUCAAAAGUUCUGGAAAUCAUUCUAUCUCUCCAGCACCAAUUGCCCUUCUGCUGAAGUCCAGAUCUCCAGAUUUACUGUGGAAAUGUUGUACGAGUUAUCACAAUCUUUAAAACUCGAUCUCGCUGAGUUUGCAGCCCACGUGGUGUUGCUGAUCUCCACUCUCACUGAGAGUGAUUCUACGCAGACCAAGCAGGUUCUGGCUAAUUCAGUUUGGGCUCUAGACAACCAGUCACUUCUCAAGGUUAGCAAUGUCACUGAGCCUGUUGUUUCUCAUGCCAUUUUAAUGACACUUGUGGAUCGUCAAACUUUGAUUCCCUUCUCGCUAUUCAGAUCACUUAGUGGUGACGUGCGUCUGCGUUCUCAGUUAGUCAGAUUCCUUCAAAUUGAGGACUACCAUGACUUAGAGAAAUAUUUCAAAUCGUGCAUUUUCACAGAAACUGAGAUUGCACUUGAACUGGUGAUUUUUUACCCAAAUCUGGCUCAAAUUGUGAGUGAUACGUUCAAAAUUGAGAAGUCCAAGUUUGAAACUCUCUUUUCCAGCAGAGCUGGAGUGAGGCUGAUGGACCUAGUGGAGUCCCAGUUGGACUCUGCUGAAUUCACCGAGUUUGUGCAUGUUCAGGGCCUUCAGAGAGUCAACGAAAAGCACUUUGAAGUUCUCAAUGUUCUACUUGUGCCUCUUUCAAGAACAAUCUCCAAAGAUGAGAAGGCUGAUGUUAUGUCUGCAUUGGCAGCCAUUCCUCGAUUCAACAACGUUGCGUCGCAGGUAUUUUCAAGGGAAUAUCUGGAAUUUAUUAUGAGUAUUAUGGAUCAGUCCGACUCUUCUCUGGUACUAUAUUUUAGGACCUGGUGUGAGAGAUCCACUCUUUACAUCACCAAGAUGUUUGCCGAGACAGUUGGUGAGCUUCCCGAGGAAUUCAAAGCUUUUCUUGAUGGUUUCCAUGGUGUGGCUCAUAAAUACUCGGAGUACCUACCUGCUCAUCUACUUGACUCUCAAAUGGAAGUAAUUCUUGGAUCUUCGAAAUGGGUUUCUAGCGAAUACGUGGUUCGCUACGUCGCUUCUGUUCUUCUUGACUCCAGCAAAAAAAUUAACGGCUCCAAAAUUUUGCAAAUCUUUGUGAAUAACGAAUCGAAUGCUUUGAAAACAUUACCCACGAAAGAGAAUUUGCAAAGCAGAUUCUACUCCAGUGUCAUCAUUUUUGCCAUAUUCAGAUCCAAUGUCUCCAAGCUUUCGUCUCGUGAUCUUCAGACCAAGGUUGUGCAACUCUAUCUGGGAAGUACCAGACCUGAAGACUUGGUGCUGAAACAGAUUCUCAACCAGAUCGAGUCCAAGAUUGCUAUCUCGUGGGUCGACAAUGUCACUUCCUGGGACUUCCUCGAGGACAUGUCGUCUGCAGAACUGGAUGCCACGGGAGAACUCCCGCGACUAGUUACUGCUGACAAGAGAGGCAAUCUCACUGUUAAUAUCAACAAAACGUUGAUCAACAACGCUAUUUUGGGAAUGGAGUUCACUCCUGGGCUGCCCAGCGAUUUUACUAAAUGGGACGACUGGAUGAAAUUCAACGAGAGUUGCAAUUCCCUGAGUGACUUUGAGAAUGCUAAUUCAAUCUACAGGUCCCUGAAGUAUGACGCGGAGUUUAUGAUGCUCUUGUCGUUGAACAACGAAGAGUUGGUCAAGAUUGAGGAAGCGGGUUCUGUGAAAUUUGACCUUAAGAACCUGGCGAGCUCCGGACUCCUUCAGCUGAUUGUUACUAAUCUCGCAAAUGAGGAUAGUCGCAUUCGUCAAGUCUCAGAGAAGCUUCUGAGAGGAGUUGCGUCCAGCUUGGAAGAAGAGGAGAACGAAAAGGAUGGUGCCGAGAUGGAAGUAGACGCUACUGAAGAUACCAAAAAGACUACGGGUCACAAGUUUCAGAAGGACUCGGCGAUCUUCAAGGUCUAUCUUGGAAAUUUGCUAAGGCUCUACGGUGACUCCAUCCAAGAGGACGGCAAACGCAUUCCUAGUGUCGUGAUUCUCAUGCUUUCGAACCUGGUGUCUAUUAUUGCGGAUCCUUCUCAUUUCUUGUACGAAAAGGUGUACCAUUUCUUGUUGGCAUAUCCAAAAUUCAAGGCCAUGGAGCUGCCAUUGUUCAAAGCAAUCGCACUUCAGUUUUCCACCGAUGAUAAGGAUAGCGGUAUCCGCGACCAAGAAGGCUAUUAUAGGCGUCUGUCUUGGUUGCUUUCUACCAUCAAAAACUCAAUUUGUUCCGAGCUCGAUCUCAAGGUGUUGUCUAGGGACGCCUUUAUGGAGUGGCUUUUGAACCUUUCAGCGUCUCCAUAUGUUGCUUCUUCAUUGCAGUUGCAAAUUUGGGGAAUCGUCUCUAAGAUCCAGAGUCUUCCAGGCGGAUCUGAUUGGUUAAUCCGCGGCUACGCCGCUUUGUUGACUCUGGAGGCUAAAUACUUGGAGGCUGAGCAAACAAAUUGCGUUUCUACCAAUACUGCAGAGUUAGCGGCCCAGAGAGUAAAGGCCUCAAAUUACGAGAAGUUAGUGAUGAGAACGGGAUUGACGGUGGUUGGCAAUAAAAGGAUCAGAGAAUGGACAUUCGAUGAUGUUCCUAAAAUUUUGAAAAGAGCGCAUUCAGAUGAGGUCUAA